AGGAGGACGGAUGCAAGGCGAGGCCAGGAGCGGAAAACCUUAUCUCUUCCUCUCAUCCAGCUGUUGUAUUUUAUUAUUUAUCGCAGCUUCCUUUUAUAACGCGAUUCUUGCCUUUUUUAAAUUUGAAUUUUGAAAAACUGAUCCAUCCUCAUGUCCGUCCUGAUGUGCUACUGCGCCUCAUCACGAUUCCUCAAGGAUACGAAAAGCUGCUGUUCUCACGUCGACGCUAUUUACCAAAAAAGGCAAGGAUGUAACAUGGGGAGCGUCUGAUCAGCGAUGACAAACGUUAAGCAAGCUUGAUGAGCUGGAAAAAUCGACGGAGCGAGGCGGAGCAGCGCGAGCCUGCGCGUUAAUUUGCGCCUAAUUAUUGUUUUCUGUGUGAUCGCGUUUUUUUUUUUUUCUAUCCUCCAUUCAUUCACCCAUCGGAGCAGUAAGGCCCGCAACCUGCACCGUCUCUGGGCAUGAAACCCGUGGGAAUUAUGAUCCCGACGUGACGCACAGUCACACACACAACGCAGCGGGGGAGACAUCGAGCCUUGCAGGACGGAGGGAGGGUGUGAGGUCCGGCCGAGCACAGGAGGAGGAGGACGCCCAGUUGUUGUUGGACACUGAUGUCUGCUGAAUAGCCCACAAGAAUCACUACAUUGAAUAUUUUGUUGUUUUUUAAUGCAUCGGGCGGAGAGGAGCGGGAGAAAGGGAGGAGAGUACAGUGGGUGCGCGAGGGCGCGGAGAGACGGGAUGCGGGAGACGCAGUGAGGAGGAGGAGGACGAGGAGGAGGGAAAGCGGAGGAUUGACGGCUCUCCUAACGCGGCUGGUGGUGUGACGUCCUAACUCUCCCUGCCUAGCAUGGCUCUGUUACUGUGGUCCCUGGGGGUGUGUGCGCUCACGCUGGCUCACGUUGCUCCCUCCAGCCAAGCUAUAUCCCGGGCCAUGUCAUUUGGCCUGCUGCGCAGAGAGCUGGCAUGUGAGGGCUACCCCAUAGAGCUGCGCUGCCCGGGAAGUGACGUCGUAAUGGUGGAGACAGCCAACUAUGGACGCACUGAUGACAAGAUCUGUGACGCAGACCCUUUCCAGAUGGAGAACACACAGUGUUACCUUCCUGAUGCACUGAAGAUUAUGGCCCAGAGGUGUAAUAACAGGACUCAGUGUGUCGUGGUUGCAGGGGUGGACGUUUUUCCAGACCCCUGUCCUGGAACAUACAAGUACCUGGAGAUCCAGUACGAGUGCGUCCCUUAUAAAGUGGACCAAAAAGUUUUCGUGUGUCCCGGCUCACUGCUGAGCAUCCAGCCGGCCUCCUCUCUCCUGGAGGCGGAGCAUCAGUCGGGUGCGUGGUGUAAGGACCCGCUUCAGGCUGGUGACCGGCUGUACGUCAUGCCAUGGACUCCGUACAGGACUGAAGUGCUGUACGAGUAUGCGUCCUGGGAUGAUUACCGACAGAAUAGAGUCACUACAACCUACAAGUUGCCGAGCCGUGUGGACGGUACAGGCUUUGUAGUGUAUGACGGUGCCGUAUUUUACAACAAGGAGAGAACACGCAACCUGGUCAAGUAUGACCUGCGGACACGCAUCAAGAGCGGCGAGGCCGUGGUGGUCAACGCCAACUACCAUGACACGUCACCUUACCGUUGGGGAGGGAAGUCAGACAUUGAUCUGGCUGUGGACGAGAACGGCCUUUGGGUGAUCUACUCUACUGAAGCCAAUAAUGGGCGCAUCGUAGUCAGCCAGGUGAACCCUUACACCCUGCGCUUUGAAGGGACCUGGGCCACUGGCUUUGACAAGCGGGGUGCAAGUAACGCCUUCAUGGCCUGUGGCGUACUCUACGCUGUGCGCUCUGUCUUCCAGGAUGAUGAAGGGCAAGCAGAGGGCCGGGUCGGCAGUGACAUGGUGGUUUAUGCAUACGACACCAGUCGGGGGCAGGAGCUCCCCAUUCAAAUCCCAUUCCCCAACCCCUACCAGUAUAUCUCCUCCAUAGACUACAACCCCAGAGACAACCAGCUGUAUGUGUGGAACAACUACUAUGUGCUGAGAUAUCCUCUGCAGUUCACACCUCCUCCACCCACCAAAGGUCCUCUCUCUUCUCUCAUGACGACGGUCCGCUCCUACACGGCUACUGUGGCUCUGACACCAGUGCGCCCAUCAGCCUCUCACCCAAUCGGCGUUAUCAACAGAGGACCCUUCGACCAGCGACCAAUCACAGCCAUGGUCCCUUUGACCCCACGUCCACCUCUGCGUGUCCCUUUGGCUCCUGGGGGUCCUGGUCAAGUGGGCGGAUGCGAGGGCCGGGUGGCACGAGGGGUGCAGUGGCCGCCCACCCUGAAGGGGGAGACAGUGGAGAGGCCCUGUCCUAAAGGGUCACUGGGUAUCGCUUCCUAUCAGUGCAUGCAGGCGCCUGUGGGCUGGAACUCCAGAGGGCCUGACCUUUCCAACUGUACCUCUCCCUGGGUCAGCCAAAUUGCACAGAAGAUUAAGAGUGGAGAGAAUGCUGCGAACAUCGCAGGGGAGCUGGUCAACCUGACAAGGGGGCGGAUCUACGCUGGUGACGUCAGCAUGUCCGUCAGGCUAAUCGAGCAGCUACUGGACAUCCUGGACUCCCAGCUCCAGGCCUUGAGACCGGCCAAUAAAGAAUCAGCUGCUCGCAACUACAACAAGCUGCAAAAGAGGGAACGCACUUGUAGAGCUUAUGUACAGGCGGUGGUCCAGACUGUUGAUAACCUGCUGGGUCCGGAGGCUCUGGUGUCCUGGGCUGACCUGAGCAGCACUGAUCAGUCCCGCUCAGCGUCACUGCUGUUAGAUGCAGUAGAAAAAGGAGCGUUCCUAUUGGCUAAUAAUCUCUAUGAGGGCCGCUUCAGUGACAGGACACCAAAUGUUGAUGUGGAAGUGUAUGUGCUGAACACAGAGGCAGACAUACAAGACCUGACGUUCCCUCACUCCUACGACAGCGACAGCAUCCUGCAGAUAUCAGCGUUGGCUCUGCAACAGUACAGCAACAAUGGCCAGGUGAAGCUAGUCCUCACUCUCUAUAAGAACCUGGGCACCUUCCUGACCACCCAGAACUCCACCCUGCGGCUUGGGCUAGGACUCAGCCAGGGGUCAGAGGUUAGACGUAGGAGCCUGGUAGUCAACUCUCACGUCAUCUCCGCCUCCGUGCACAGAGGAUCCAACAGAGUUUACCUCUCUGAACCAGUGAUCUUCACCCUCAGGCACCUGCAGCUUGACAACCACUUUGGCCCCAACUGCUCUUUCUGGAAUGCAUCAGGGGUUUCUGGGAGCGGCAGGUGGUCUACACAGGGCUGCCGUCUCUUACAAACCAACAACACACACACUACCUGCGCCUGCAACCACCUGUCCAGUUAUGCUGUCCUCAUGACGUACCAGCAGCCCGCUUUCGGGGCGGGUGUGGAGGAGCUUCUUGUCUAUGUGGUGUCCUGGGUGGGCAUCUCUGUGGCACUGGUGUGUUUGGCCACAUGCCUUACCACCCUGUGCUGCCAGGGGGCGCCAUGGCACACGGACCACAGCACCAUCCACUGCAACCUGUGGGCCAACCUGCUCAUCACUGAGCUGCUGUUCCUCGUAGGAGCCAACAAGACUCAAUACACGGUUGUGUGCUCCAUCAUUGCCGGCCUGCUGCACUUCUCGCUGCUCUCGUCGUUCUGUUGGUUAUGUCUGGAGGCGGUGGAGCUCUACCUGUUGCAGCGGGAGGUGUUUGAAGGACGUAACUCCAGGAGGAAGUAUUUCUACCUGUGUGGAUACUCCAUCCCUGGGCUCGUGGUGGCUGUGUCUGCAGCCAUAGACUUCAGAGGCUAUGGCUCGAAAUCUGCAUGCUGGCUACGAACAGACAAUUACUUCAUCUGGAGUUUCCUUGGCCCUGUUGCUGCCAUUAUCACGCUGAAUCUCGUCGUCUUGGUGAUGACCUUACAUAAGAUGCAUGGCACCGCUGCUCUAAAGCCAGACUCUAGUCGCCAUGACAACCUGAGGGCGUGGGCGGUGGGCUCCCUGACGCUGCUCUUCCUGCAGAGCGUCACCUGGUCCUCAGGCCUGAUGUUCCUAUCUGCUCCAUCUCUCCUCCUGGCUUACCUCUUCUCCUCCCUCAAUACGGCCCAGGCCCUCCUCAUCACCAUCCUGCACUGCACACUGGCCAGGAAGGGUCAGAAGGACUACGGCCGCUGCUUGCGUUUCUCGCAGUGCUGCGUCACUUCCUCCUCCAGCUCCCCAGACUCUGUGAAGGGAGCUGCUCUGCGCUCCAACAGCCGCUACACCAGCAGCCAGAGCCGCAGGGCAACCGCUAACAGACAGAGUCGAAUCAGGAGGAUGUGGAACGACACCGUUCGCAGGCAGACUGAAUCGUCUUUCAUCGCUGCAGACGUUAACAACACCCCCACUCUUAACAGAGCUCCUUUAGGGAACCACUUCCUCACUAAUCCAGUGCUGCAGACUCAUGCUGGGGCAUCUCCUUACGACACCAUGCUGGCGCAAGGAUAUAAUCAGCCUUUCACCUCCACAGUAGGAACCUUCAGAAGCAAGAAGGGUGGCGUGUCCCAGAGCCAGGAGUCCUGUGGGUUGGACAGCGUUUGUCUUAAUGGAGGCUACACCCCCAACACCUUCACCCUGCAUGGUUUGGGGACCACACCUGGGUCUCGAGCUGGCGUCGUGGGCAGUACGGACCUCCUGAGGGAAGGAGGCGUUGGUAUGGGAGGAGAUGACAUCUCCCCCGCCCUUCUCACCCCUCAUGGAGCUUCAGAUCUGGGCGGCGGUGCAGGGAUGCGUCGUAACCUGUCGGAUGCUGCAGCACUGGAGAAGAUGAUCAUCUCAGAGCUGGUGCAGAGCAACCUAAGGCCUUCCGUCCCAAUGCCAGUCCCUCCAGAGCGCUACGGAAGCCUGGCGAGGCCUCAUCACCAUGAAAAAGCAGCUCUCACUCACACUGCAACAUUAACUCGACAUGCACAGCCACCAUCGGUGCAACAGGAGGGCUGGGCUGCAACCAUGCAGCCAAACAGUCGCCCCCACACACAAGAGGGCUGGGUGCCGCCCCGGCACCUUACACCGGACACUGAGGCACAUUCCACAACAAGAGGACCAGAUCACACCACCACGCCACGCCUACAAGAUGGCUGGGUGCACUCACGUAUAUCUGGAGAUUCAGAGUCACGGGAGCUGCUUAAGGACAGUGACAGGUCGCAGCUGCAAGGAACUCUGGGUCGCCGUGGGCUGCAGGAUAGGCAGCAAGCACGUCCUCCAGAUGUUCAGGCUCGCCCCUACUCCACCCUCAGCCGCACUCCUGGAACUCUGUCCCGCCAUCGCAGCACAGUGGAGGCAAGUGCAGCGGCAGACAGAGACAGGGAGAGAGAGAGGGAACGCUACCGGGACAGGCCCCUUCCACCUCCUCCUCCUCCUCCCCCACAGGAGUCAGAACCCCUGUACAAAGCUCUGGAGGAGCCGCUGCUGAUGAAGCAGAGGGAAGCCAGCGUGGAGGCCUGGAGAGGACAGGACAGAGAGAAAGAUGAGACAUUUCUCCUGAAAAGAGAAGGGAUGAUGGACGACUGGAGGGCAGGAAGUGAGAGAGGGAGGGAAGAGUCGUUCGCCUCCCAAAAACGAGAUGGAGAGAUGGAUGAGUGGAGAGGAGGCAUGGAGAGAGGGAGGGAGGAGUCUCACCUGUUGGAGAAGAGAGCUGGAAGGGUGGAGGUGUGGAGAGCAGGAGGAGAGACGGAGCAGGAAGAGACUUUUAUAACUCAGAAGAAAGAUUUUGGGAUGGAGGGAUGGAGAGGGGGGAUAGAGAGAGAGAAAGACGAGUCGUUGUUUUUAAAGGACAGAGAUGGAUGGAGGGCAGGGAUUGAGCGAGAGAACGAAAAGCAGAAGGACAGAGCGCUGGAUGUAUGGAGGGGAGGUGUGGAUGUAGACAGAGAUGAACCUUUCCUGUUUGAAGGCAAAGAUGGAGGUCUUGAUGCCAGGAAAAGAGGCUCUCUUCGUUACCAUGGUGAGCGAGAGGAUUCUGACGGCUUUACUCUGCCUUUGACUCCUGACCUCGACCUGGACGCUGACUCCUCCCCUAUCUACGCCCAUGACUCAAACCCCUCCCCGCUCUACCCCGGAGAGCGCCGCUCGCCUCCUCUCAGCAUCUUCCCCCGGAGCUCUCCCCCGACAAAUAUCUUUGCACCCCGAGACUCUAACUCCCCUCCCAACAAUCUGUACUCCCGCCACUCUCCACAGGUGUACAGCCGGAGCAGCUCCCCUCCUCGCUUCUACACCCGCACCUCUCCCCCAACCCUCUCUUAUCCCGACAGCAGCCCUGAAGGUCCUGAAGAGGUCAGCCCCACUAGUCAGCCUCAGCGGCCCGCCCUGGAACUUCCUUACAGCCUGGGACGGCCCCCUCUCGGUCCGCGGCCCAAUCACCUACAGACCUUCUACCAGCCACCGCCACUUGCAACCAAUGGGGAAGCAGCAUACACAGCAGAGCCCACCUCUGAGGGAGAGGACGGACAGAUGCAGCGGGUGACGAGUCUGUGACUAGGGCGGUGGUGAUCGGGGCAUAGAAAGCAGGCAGGAGGAGGACAAAGGUGAAAACAACAAAUAACAAAGCUCAAAAUGCUGGAAACGAUGAUGAUGAUACUGAUCAUGUGACUUGAUAGGAUAAUUACCAAUGAUGAUGAAGGUUUUGAUGCCGACAGUGAUUGCUCCUCCCUGCUUCUAUCUCCUGAUCACCACGAGACUUCCCCCUUUUCAUGUUUUGUUACUUUUCUAUGACUGUGAUCCAUUUAUAACUCUUCCUCCCUUUCCUCUCUCAGUCCUGAACCCCUGCUGUGUCUUCCCAGCUCAUCAGUGCUUUUCCUUGUUUGUGUUUUCCUUUUUACCCAUUGUCUGCUUAUGAAGUCAUGACUGUUACAAAGCUCCAGAGUGCAUUUUAACGUUUGGAGAGCAUGACUCACAGAUUUUGGGCUCAGAUUUUUCUUCAAACUUUCCAUUAAAACCUGCCGUUGUGCUCAAAACUGCCUCCUUGUGCUUAGAUUCUCUCUGUACUCAAAACGUAUGCUUGCUCUCCUCCCCUCAUUCAGGUUGCUUCUGCUUAUUUAUGAAACCGCUACUGAUUUUUCUCUUCCUGUGUACGAAACUUCUUUGUUUAAGACUUUCUCUACACGUGCUCAAAUUUUCUUCGGAAGCCCAUUCACGCCUCUUGGAAAAUAAAUUUAAAGAAGAUAGAAAAGAAAAGAGGUAACAAAAAUACAAUCUGAAGUCAAAAUAAUAGCAGUAAGUUUCGAUCGUAAGUCAAAAU